CUAAAAUACAACCCCACAGAAGAAGAAACAAGGAAGAGGCGUUGAGCGUUAAAACAAAAAAACAAAUGUCGGGGUCCAUAUAAACCGUUCUCUUAAUACAUCCUUGAUAUAAACUGCUGUUAGAAUCUGUGAACAUGCAACAACAGCUGGUUGUAAUGUCGAAGGAUAUCCAGUGAAACCUCCGACAAUGUCAGUCAAUGGGAAAGUCAUCCCGAACACUCCGCUGGCUGUGGACUUCUGGCAUGUGCGGAAGUGUCCAAGCGCAAGGAUGUUUUUCCUGUCCCACAUGCACAGCGACCAUACGGCGGGUUUGACCUCCACCUGGAGCCACCGGCCCAUCUACUGCUCACCAACCACUGCCGCUCUGCUCCGACUCAAACUGCAGGUGAAAGAACAGUGGAUCCAUCCAUUAGAGCUCGAUGAGCCAUACCUGCUGCCACUGGAUGACAUUGGCAAGGAGAGGCUGACAGUCACACUGAUAGAUGCCAACCACUGUCCAGGGGCUGUCAUGUUUCUCUUCGAAGGCUACUUUGGCUCUAUACUGUACACUGGUGACUUCAGAUAUACUCCCUCCAUGUUGCGUGAGCCGUGCUUGAGGACCAACACCAAUAUAGAUGUCCUGUACCUGGACAACACCAACUGUGACCCCAACCGCACCCUCCCCUCCAGACAGCGAGCCACUCAACAAAUCAAAGAGAUCAUCCGCAGCCACCCAAACCACAAUGUAGUCAUAGGCCUGUAUGCACUGGGUAAGGAGUCCUUGCUGUUGGACCUGGCGAUGGAGUUUAAAACUUGGAUCGAGGUGAGCUUUGAGAGGAUGGAGACCCUCAAAGCCCUGGAGCUGCCUGACGUCUUCACCACUGACCCAGGAGCCGGUCGUAUCCGAGCCGUGGACCAGUCGGAGAUCUGCUCUGCUACUUUACAGCAGUGGAACAAAGAACAACCCACUUUGGCCAUCUUACCCACCAGUAGGCCCCUUGUCUCCUAUCACCCCAACAUCCACGUGGUGCCCUACUCCGACCACUCCUCUUACCAAGAGUUGGAGGAUUUUGUUUCUGCAAUUAAACCUACCUCCCUUGUACCCAUUGUAGGAAACCAUGUACCUGGAAGCUUCUCUGCCUUACUGCCCAGCAAAAAGCGACAUGAAAUCCUGGUGCCUGAGUCAGUCAGACACUACAUGUUGAGACAGCCUGAGAGGCAACUCAGCUCGUCAUCGUACACCAGCCUUCGCAGCAGACAUUUCCGACUUCUUGCUCCCAAAGGGGUGGUAUUUGAGUCUCCUGUACAUGGAUCCAGGAAGUCAUGUGAAGAAGCCUUGGAGGCGGAGUGCCUGCAGCAGGAUGCUUCUGAGGAAGAGAUGGACACAGAAAGUAUCGAAAAUGACUCUGACUGCAUCCUUGUUGACCUGAGCAAGGAUUACACCCCUAACAAAAACAGAAGAGGGACUGGAGACAUGUGGAGCCUCAACAUCGUCCAGACAGUGUCUGAAGAUAUGGGGAUGGCAGAGUCGGUGCCUUUCAGCCAAAGCAACUUUGCUCCAGUGGAAAUUCUGACAAACACCAAGGCCUGCUUGAAGCCUGUCUGGAGCACAAGAAGGCCUUUAGAAACAAAUGCCAAAAUAAUCAACAAGGCGGCUUCAAAUGAAAAUGGCCGCAGCCAGCAUAGCAGGCAUGAAAAUGUUCAGAACAACCACACAUUGUCAGGCGGUGAUAGCAUGACUCAGCACAGUGGACAUGGAAUUGAUCAGGACAGUGACGUAAUGCCAAAUGACCAAAUGAACAACAGCGUCGUGACAGCAUUGCAGGGCAGCCUCGACAACGAUUCCUGCUCUUCAUCUAGCUUCCAGACUGAGCUGAAGCAGGAGUAUAUAGAGGAGCUUGAAAACAGAAUUUUAAAGGUUCUCCCCUUCAUAAAAGAGGACUUUAGGACGUGGGGCCUCCUGCAGAAGAGCUUUGUGCAACAGUUUUGCCUCUCUCCUUUAUGUGAUGAAAGAGAGGAUGACCUAUCAGACAGAUAAUGUGACCUGACAUUCAAGUUUUUGCCUUGCUAUUAAGGCCUUUCUGUUUUGUGUAAAUAUGAGCACUUUAAAUCCAAUGUUUUCUCAUUGGUAACAUCCUUAUUUAUAAAAUGUUUCCUUCUGGUGUCUCCAUGUUGUGUUGGUGGCCUGGAGCUUAGAUAAGCAGGAUUACCAGUAUAUGGGGAGUAGUCUGUAAUUGAUAUAUGUAAAGUCACAUUUUCCUAGACAAGGAAGGUUUGCCAGAACCAACCGUCUUAAAACACUGGUAGCUUUUCAUUCUUCAUCCUUGAGCAGUUGAAAAUGUGUCAUACGUUAGAUCUGCCUUUUUCACUUUCAUUUUUAUACCUUUAAAAUUAAAGGCUGAAUUUGAAAUUCUCAA